UCUGUUCCAGGAUCCCAUCCUGGAUACUACAUUAAUUAGUCAUCAUUCUCCUUAGCAUUCUCUGUUCCCUUGAGGAAUACUCUUCAAUUGGGAUAUCUCUCAUGUUUUCGCCAUGAUUAAAUAGGAGUAAUGGGUUCUCAGGAGGAAGACCACCAAAGUAAAGUGCCAUUUUCAUCACAUCAUAUCCAAGCAAUAAAAGGGAAAGAAGUCUACAAACAGUUUUGAGAGUUUGCAGAAACAGCUUACAAAGAAAAUGAAGCUCCCUAUUUUCAUAGCAGAUGCAUUCACAACAAAAGCAUUUCGUGGGAAUCCGGCUGCUGUUUGCCUCCUAGAAAAUAAACUGGAUGAAGACUUGCAUCAAAAAAUUGCAAAGGAGAUGAACCUCUCCGAAACGGCUUUUAUCCGAAAGCUACACCCAAAUGACAACUUUACACAAAGUUCCUGCUUUGGAUUAAGGUGGUUUACACCACAGAAUGAGGUUCCUCUCUGUGGCCACGCUACCCUGGCUUCUGCAGCUGUGCUGUUUUACAAAAUAAAAAAUGUGAAUAGCACUCUAACCUUUGUCACUAUGAGUGGGGAACUGAAGGCCAGAAAAGAAGAGGAUGGUAUCGUCCUGGACCUGCCUCUUUAUCCAGCCCAUCCCCAGAAAUUGCAUGAAGUGGAGGACUUGAUAAAGACUGCCAUAGGGGACACGCUGGUUCAGGAUGUUCGCUAUUCCCCAGAUACCAAAAAGCUCCUGGUCCGGCUCAGUGAUACUUACAACAGGUCAUUUCUGGAGAGCCUGACAGUGAAUACAGAGAAUUUGCUGCAAGUGGAAACCACAGGGAAGGUGAAAGGACUCAUUCUCACCCUCAAGGGAGAGCCUGGCGGGCAGACUCAAGCAUUUGACUUUUACUCCAGAUAUUUCGCUCCGUGGUACGGUGUGGCUGAAGACCCCGUAACAGGGUCUGCACAUACUGUUCUCAGUAGCUACUGGUCUGAGCAACUGGGGAAGAAAGACUUGCACGCCUUCCAGUGUUCCAACCGGGGAGGAGAACUGACAAUUUCCCUGCGUUCUGAUGGACGAGUUGACAUCAAGGGAGGCGCGGCUCUUGUUUUAGAGGGCACGCUGACAGCCUAGACUGCUUGCACUGCAGUGAUGCAAUCUUGAAUUACUGAGUAUUUUCUGCAUAAAAAGAAAUGUAAGAGACUGCUUUGAAUAAGAUUGCAUUGUAGUCCACUUAAUCCUCACCUGAGAAAUAGAACAAUGAAGACAUAUUAAGGGAUUUAAUAAUGCUUCCUGAUGAAUUAACUAAAGGAGUUUUGGUUCUACCUGUGAACAUAUUCGAAGUAACCCAUAUCAAAGAAUAAUGUUGUCACCUUUAAUUAUGACCACCAAUCACAGAAUGAGGAACACAUUUAUGAAGAGUAAGAUUAAAUCAUUUAAACUCAGAUGUGAGUACCUGAUAGACUGUUUUGCAGCCAUCGAAAAGACCCAAUAGCUAUGCGGAAAUAUAGAAAAAUAGUUCAUAGUAUAAUACUAAGAAAGAAAAUUAUAGUAGACUAUUAAAUGUCAGCAAUGUUAUGCUAUGUCUGUGGAGAAUAGGAAUUUAUAUGGACAAGAAUGGAUCAUGAAGAUAGAAAAGUAAAAACAGUUUAUGUGUGAAUGGUAAGGGUGGAGUAAUUUUAAUGUACCUAAAAAAUUAUUUCCUUUAUUGGAACAUGCUUACGUUUAAUACCUAAAAAUCAGGACGCGUAGCUAAAUAACUAAAACGCCCAGAAAUUUUUUAAAUGAGUGAUAAUGAGUGAUAGAGUGAUAAUAAAAUUAAACAUGGAAAGUAAUGCGA